AUGGGACAAAUGGCCAAAAGGUUUGGCGCUUUGGCAGUGGUGUUAGAGCACCGGUAUUACGGGAGAUCUGUUCCCACACCAGACCUGUCCACUCAAAACUUGAAAUAUCUGUCGAGUGAAAUGGCGCUGAAAGACACGGAACAGUUCGCACUGUAUUUGACUAAAAAGUUAUCACUUGAAGGCAGCAAAUGGGUUGUGUUCGGGGGCUCGUAUGCGGGCGCUCUCGCGGCCUGGUUUAGGGAGAAGUACCCCAACAUAGCUGUCGGUGCCAUAGCCUCCAGCGCUACCGUAGAGGAUAUUUUCAAUUUUAUUAACUAUUUUGGAGUCGUUAGCGAGUCGUUGGGCAAGGAGUGCUCCGAUAAUAUUAGGAAUGCCCACAAAGACAUGGAGGAGCUCUUUAAAACACCUGAAGUUCAGUACAACACAAAUAUCGAUGGCAUCCGUAAGUUAAUGAACGACCCGUCAGGCGGUACACCACUGGAAAGGUAUGCCAAAGCGACAGAUAUGGACAAUACGUUUGUUUGCAAUGAUAUUAAUUAUGUCGAAGCAAUUAAAAGCGCAAAAAAUAUAACUAUUGAUCCCAAAGCGAUGGGGAGACAAUGGACUUAUCAAGUAUGCAAUGAAUUUGGUUUAUUCCGAACCACUGAUCUCCCGGACUCUGCUUUUGGUCAUAACAUUCCCGUAGACUUCUAUAUCAAACAAUGCGUCGAUAUAUUUGGCCCACAAUUCACGGCCCAAAGCAUACAGAAAGCGGUCGACCGGACAAACGCCCUCUACGGGGGCCGUAAGCCUGCGGUUACAAACGUUGUGUUCCCCAACGGGUCACUCGACCCCUGCAAAGCAAUCGGUGUACUCAAUGACCUAAAUAAUAGCACUAAAGCCGUUAUAAUUGAAGGCUACGCUCACGGGGGAGAUAUGAUGGCAUCGACACCAAAAGAUACUCAGAUGGAUCAGUUCACUCGACAACCGGAGGAACAGUGGUUUGAGCAGAGAGUCGAUCACUUCAAUAAACAGGACAACACAACUUUCAAACAGCUCUAUUAUGUGGAUGAUUCCCAUUAUAAAACUGGUGGACCAGUAUUUCUAAUGAUUAGUGGUGAAUCAGAACUGGAUGCGGCAUAUCUGACUGCCGCCUCAUUUAUGGGACAAAUGGCCAAAAAGUACGGCGCUUUGGCCGUCACGUUAGAGCACCGAUACUUCGGCCGAUCGGUUCCCACACCAGACCUGUCCACUGGAAAUCUCAAAUACUUGACCAUUGAAUUAGCGCUCAAAGACUUGGAACAGUUUGCGCUGUAUUUGACCAAAAAGUUAUCGCUUAAAGACAGCAAAUGGGUUGUGUUCGGGGGCUCGUAUGCGGGCAAACUAGCAUCAUGGUUUAGACAAAAGUACCCGCAUAUAGCUGCCGGUGCCGUAGCGUCGAGCGCACCCGUCGGCUCAACUUACGACUGUACGGGUUAUUUGAGAGUCGUUGGCGAAGCGGUGGGAAAGGAGUGCUCCGAUAAUAUUAGGAAAGCCAAUCUGGAGAUUGAAAACCUGCUGAAAACACCGGAAGGUGUGAUACAAUUACGCAAAACAUUGAAUUUGUGCCAAUCGUUUGACGGCAAGAAUAUCAAUGAUAAUCGGUAUUUGUCGUCACUCUUGGGAUCAACUGUCGUAAUGCACGUCCAGUACAACACAAGCGUCGAUAAGAUUGUUAAGACAAUGAACGACCCCUCAGGCGGUACACCAUUGGAAAGGUAUGCAAAACUGCAACUCGUGGGUCAAACACUGAACUGCUUUGAAGUAAAUCAUAACAAGUAUGUCGUGUCCCUACAAAAUACAACUAUUGAUCGCAAGGGAAUGAUGAGACAAUGGACUUAUAUGACGUGCACUGAAUUCGCCGACUUUCCCACCACUGACGCACCGGACAGUCCGUUCGGACACAACCUGCCCGUCGAGUAUUACGCCCAACAGUGCACCGAUAUAUUUGGCCCACAAAUAACGGCCCAAACCAUACAGAAAGCGGUCAACCAGACAGUCGCCACAUACGGGGGCCUAAAGCCAAACGUAACUAACGUUGUGUUCCCUAACGGGUCGGUCGACCCCUGGAAGUCCAUCGGUGUCCUCAACGACCUAAACAAUAGCACUAAAGCCGUUAUACUUGAAAACUACGGUCACGGCGGGGAUAUGCGUUAUUAUGUGGACGACACUCAUCAUAAAACUGCUGGACCGGUAUUUCUCAUGAUUGGCGGUGAGAGUGUGUCGACACCAGUUUGGGUGUCCAAUGUUACAUAUAUGGGACAAAUGGCCAAAAAGUAUUGCGCUUUAGCAGUAGUGUUAGAGCACAGGUAUUACGGGAAAUCGAUGCCCACACCAGACCUGUCCACUCAAAACCUAAAAUACCUGUCGAGUGAAAUGGCGCUAAAAGACACGGAACAGUUUGCUCUGUAUUUGACCAAAAAGUUAUCAAUUGGAGGCAGCAAAUGGGUUGUGUUCGGGGGCUCGUAUGCGGGCAAUCUAGCUGCAUGGUUUAGGGAAAAGUACCCCAAUAUAGCUGUCGGUGCCAUAGCCUCUAGCGCUCCCGUUAGAGCGGCGGUCGACGCUAUGGAGUAUUUGGGUGUCACGAGUGAGUCGUUGGGAAAGGAGUGCUCCGAAAACAUAAGGAAAGCCUCGCUUGAGUUUGAAGAGCUCCUGAAAACACCCGAAGGUGUGAUAAAAUUACGCAAAAUAUUGCAUUUAUGCGACACUUUUGACGGCAAAAACAUCAAUAAUAAUCAUUAUCUCGCGGAGCAAAUGAUGUGGACUGUUGUGGGCAAAGCAACUUCCGAUGACAGCAUCAAAAAUGUGGGUAAAAUAAUGAGCGACCCUUUAGUCGGCACACCAUUGGAAAGAUAUAGCAAAGUGACCGAAAUGAUAGGCAGCUCUAUAUGUCACGACUUCCACUACGAAGACAGAAUCGCACCCUUGAAAAACACAACCAUAGAUGUAGUGAACUUUGAAAUGAUGAGACAAUGGAUAUAUCAGACGUGCACUGAAUUCGGUUACUAUCAGUCGAGUGAUCUCCCAAAUAGUCCCUUCGGACACAACAUUCCCGUCGAGUACUUUACCCAACAGUGCGCUCAGGUAUACGGACCAGACUAUACGCCGCACAGCAUACAAACAGCGGUCGACCGGACGAAUGCCUAUUACGGGGCCCUUAAGCCAAAUGUGACAAAUGUGGUGUUGCCCAACGGGUCACUCGACCCCUGGCACUCACUCGGUAUCCUUAAAGACCUCAAUAACAGUACUAAAGCUGUUAUGAUUGAAGGCGGGCGUCAUUGUGAGGAUAUGUAUGCCUCGACUUCAAACGAUUCCGAAAAUGAUUCUAACCAUAAAACUGGUGGACCGGUAUUUCUCAUGAUAGGGGGCGAGGGUAUGGCGUUUCCAGCUUUAGUGUCCAAUGCAACAUAUAUGGGAGAAAUGGCCAAAAAGUACGGCGCUUUGGCAGUGCUUUUAGAGCACCGGUAUUACGGAAAAUCCAUUCCCACACCAGACCUGUCCACUCAAAACCUCAAAUACCUGUCGAGUGAAAUGGCACUCAAAGACACGGAAAAGUUUGCACUGUAUUUGACUAAAAAGUUAUCACUUGAAGGCAACAAAUGGGUUGUGUUCGGGGGCUCAUAUGCGGGUAACCUCGCGGCCUGGUUUAGGGAAAAGUACCCUAAUAUAGCUGUUGGUGCCAUAGCGUCGAGCGCACCCGUCUUGGCCGCAGUCGACAAUAUGGGGUAUUUGGGAGUUACGAGUGAAUCGUUGGGAAAGGAGUGCUCGGAUAAUAUUAGGAAAGCCCACCUCGAGAUGGAUGAGCUCCUGAAAACACCGGAAGGUGUGAUGAAAUUACGCAAAACAUUAAAUUUAUGCGACACUUUUGACGGCAAAAAUGUCAAUAAUAAUCAUUAUCUCGCGGAGCAAAUGAUGUUUACUACUGUUGGCAACGCUAUGUCCAGGACUGUCGUCGAUAAGAUCCGCGGUAUAAUGAAUGACACAUCAGUCGGCACACUAUUGGAAAGGUAUGCCAAAGCAUGCGAAAUGAUUGAUAGCACUAUAUGUCAUGAUUUCCGGUAUGAAGACCGUAUCGCACCUUUGAAAAACACAACCAGAGAUCCAAUGGGUUUUCAAAUGAUGAGACAAUGGACUUAUCAGACGUGCACUGAAUUCGGUUACUAUCAGUCGAGUGAUCUCCCGAACAGCCCCUUCGGACACAACAUUCCCGUCGAGUAUUAUACCCAACAGUGCGCUCAAGUAUACGGACCACAGUUUACGCCACAAAGCAUACAGAAAGCGGUCGACCGGACGAAUGCCUAUUACGGGGGACUAAAGCCAAACGUGACUAACGUUAUGUUCCCUAACGGGUCACUCGACCCCUGGCACGCACUCAGUGUCCUUAAAGACCUUAAUAACAGUACCAAAGCUGUGAUGAUUUCCGGCGGAAAAUAUUCCCAUUGCGGCGAUAUUUACGCCUCCACUCCAAGCGAUUCCGAGAUAUUUCUCAUGAUUGGCGGUGAGGGUACGGCCGAAGUAAGCUGGCUUUCCAAUGCAACAUAUAUGGGAGAAAUGACCAAAAAGUACGGCGCGUUGGCAGUGGUGUUAGAGCACCGGUAUUACGGAAAAUCCAUUCCUACAAAAGACCUGUCCACUCAAAACCUAAAAUACUUAUCGAGUGAAAUGGCACUGAAAGACACGGAGCAGUUUGCGCUGUAUUUGACUAAAAAGUUAUCACUUGAAGGUAACAAAUGGGUUGUGUUCGGGGGCUCGUAUGCGGGUAACCUCGCGGCCUGGUUUAGGGAGAAGUACCCGAACAUAGCUGUCGGUGCCAUAGCGUCGAGCGCACCCGUCAGAGCGGCGGUCGAUGCUAUGGAGUAUUUGGGAGUUACGAGUGAGUCGUUGGGAAAGGAGUGCUCCGAUAAUAUUAGGAAAGCCUCUCUAGAGAUGGAAGAGCUUCUGAAAACACCGGAAGGUGUGAUUAAAUUACGCAAAACAUUGCAUUUAUGCGACACUUUUGAUGGCAAAAAUAUUAAUAAUAAUCAUUAUCUGGCGGAACAAAUGAUGUGGUCUAUUGUUAGCGACGCUAUGUUCAAGACCGGCAUCGAUAGGAUCCGCGGUAUAAUGAAUGACACAUCAGUCGGCACACCAUUGCAAAGGUAUGCCAAAGCCUCGGGAAUCAUAGGCGGCUCUAUAUGUCACAACGUCCACUACGAGGACAGAAUCGCACCCUUGAAAAACACUACCAUUGAUCCAACGGAUUUUGGAUUUAUGAGACAAUGGAUAUAUCAGACGUGCACUGAAUUCGGUUACUAUCAGUCGAGUGAUCUCCCGAACAGUCCUUUCGGUCACAGCAUUCCCGUCGAGCACUUUACCCAACAGUGCGCUCAAGUAUACGGAUCAGACUUUACGCCACAAAGCAUACAGAAAGCUGUCGAUCUGACUAAUGCCUAUUACGGGGCCCUUAAGCCAAACGUGACAAACGUGGUGUUCCCUAACGGGUCACUCGACCCCUGGCACUCACUCGGUAUACUUAAAGACCUUAAUAAUAGUACUAAAGCUGUGAUGAUUGAAGGCGGGGGUCAUUUAUUUUUAAUGAUUGGUGGUGAGGGUGCGAUCGACACAUCUUACGUAAACGGCAUGUUUAUGGGAGAAAUGGCCAAAAAGUACGGAGCAUUGGCCGUAGCGAUAGAGCACAGGUAUUACGGAAACUCCAUUCCCACAAAAGACCUGACGCUUGAAAAUUUGAAAUACCUGUCGAGUGAAUUGGCGCUGAAAGACACGGAACAGUUAGCGCUAUAUUUGAUCAAAAAAUUAUCACUUGAGGGUAACAAAUGGGUUGUGUUCGGGGGCUCGUAUGCGGGCAAUUUAGCUGCUUGGUUUAGGGAGAAGUACCCCAACAUAGCUGUCGGUGCCAUAGCGUCGAGCGCACCCGUCGAGGCCGCGGUUGACAAUAUGGGGUAUUUGGGAGUCGUUGGCGAGUCUUUGGGUAAGGAGUGCGCCGACAAUAUCAGGAAAGCCCACAUUGAUAUGGAAAACCUUUUGAAAACAUCUGAAGGUGUAAUAAAAUUACGCAAAACAUUGAAUUUAUGCGACACUUUUGACGGCAAAAAUGUCAACAAUAAUCGGUAUUUAGCGGAGGAAAUGAUGUGGAGUAUAGCCGUUACCGUUCAGUAUAAUAUGGGUAUCUCUGGAAUCGUUAAAACAAUGAACGACCCCUCAGGCGGUACACCACUGGAAAGGUAUGCCAGACUACACGGUGUGGGCUCUCAUACAGUUGGCUGCAGUGAUGUUAAGUAUGAGGAUCUAAUCGGACCAUUGAAAAAGACAUCGAUCGAUCCCCAGGGGAUGAGACAAUGGACUUAUCAGACGUGUACUGAAUUUGGUUACUAUCAAACCUCUGAUCUCCCGAACAGUAUCUUCGGACACAACAUUCCCGUCGAGUUUUAUAUCCAACAGUGCGCUGACAUAUAUGGCCCUCAAUUCACGGCUCAAAGCAUACAGAAAGCGGUCGACCGGACGAAUGCCUAUUACGGGGGACUAAAGCCAAACGUAACAAACGUGGUGUUCCCUAACGGGUCACUCGACCCCUGGCACGCACUCAGUGUCCUUAAAGACCUCAAUAACAGUACCAAAGCUGUUAUGGUUGAGGGCUAUUCCCAUUGCGGAGAUAUGUAUGGCUCGCGAACAACUGAUAAACAGAUGUUUCUCAUGAUUGGUGGCGAGGGGGCGGGCGACGCAUCUUUAAGCCCCUUCUUAUUCAUGGUUGAAAUGGCUGAAAAGUAUGGCGCUCUGGCCGUCACGUUAGAGCACAGGUAUUACGGAAACUCUUUGCCCACACCAGACCUCACGGUUGAAAACAUGAAAUACUUGUCGAGUGAAAUGGCGCUGAAAGACACGGAACAGUUUGCGCUGUAUUUGACCAAAAAGUUAUCACUUGAAGGCAGCAAAUGGGUUGUGUUCGGGGGCUCGUAUGCGGGCGCUCUCGCGGCCUGGUUUAGGGAGAAGUACCCCAACAUAGCUGUCGGUGCCAUUGCGUCGAGCGCUCCCGUCGAGGCUGUCGUCGACAAUACGGGGUAUUUAGGAGUCAUGAGCGAGAGGUUGGGAAAGGAAUGUUCCGAUAAUAUUAGAAACGCAUCGCUCGAGAUUGAAAACCUGCUGAAAACACCGGAAGGUGUAUCAAAAUUACGCAAAUUAUUUAAUAUUUGCGAUACUUUUGACGGCAAAAAUAAACAAAAUAAUUGGUAUUUCGCGGAGGGUUUGUUCCUCGGGUUUGCCGUUACGUUUCAGUACUUCAAUGACGGUAUCGACGGUAUCAUUGAGACAAUGAACGACCCCUCAGGCGGUACGCCAUUGGAAAGAUUAGCCGGCGGUCGGGACCCACACCCCGGCCCGUGUCAUAACGUUACCUAUGAUGAUCUGAUUGGACCUUUGAAACGCACCAUUAUUGAUAAUUCGGGCACGCGACAGUGGGCUUAUCAGACGUGCACUGAAUUUGGUUACUAUCAAACCUCUAACCUCCCGAACAGUCCGUUUGCGAAUUUGAUUCCCAUUGAAUACUAUACCCAACAGUGCACUGAUAUAUUUGGUCCACAAUUCACGGCUCAAAGUAUACAGAAAGGGGUCGACCGGACGAACGCCAACUACGGGGGCCUAAAGCCAAACGUUACAAACGUGGUGUUCCCUAACGGGUCGGACGACCCCUGGCACGCACUCAGUGUCCUUAAAGACCUCAAUAACAGUACUAAAGCUGUGAUGAUUGAUGACUACACCCAUUGCCAGGAUAUGUUUGGCUCAAAACCAUCGGAUACCCAGAGUUUGAAAAACGCUCACAAAUUGAUUGAACAACAAAUCGGGGAAUAUUUGAAAUAA